AUGAACGGUGAGCAGCCGUUCACAAAUACCUCCGUUGUGAUUGUCGGGGCCGGCAUUGGAGGCAUGUGCGUUGCCAUUGAUCUGAUCAAACGCAACAACUCCCGAGACUUUGUCAUUCUGGAGCAGUCGGCCGGGGUGGGCGGGACAUGGCACGCAAACACGUAUCCUGGUUGUGCAGUGGACUUGCAGUCCAUCGUUUACAGCUACAGCUUUGCGCCCAACAGCAACUGGAGCCGGGAUUAUCCGGGACAGAAGGAAAUCCUGUCGUACCUGACCCGUGUGGCGCAGGAAUAUAGGCUGUAUGAGCACAUCCGAUUCUGCUCUACGGCCGAGUCCGCGACCUGGGAUGACGAGCGGAAGAAGUGGAACACUAGCGUGUCGGUUGCUAAGGGCUCCAAGGACGCGGAGACUACCUCCCACUACACGAUCUCGAGUGACUUUCUUGUCAGCGCGGUGGGCCAGCUCAGUCAACCCAAGUGGCCCGACAUCGAGGGAUUGGACCGUUUCACGGGGAAGAAGAUGCAUAGUGCUGCGUGGGACUGGACGUACGACUUGAAAGAUAAGAGAAUCGCUGUGGUUGGCAGUGGUUGCAGUGCCGUCCAGAUCGUACCGGAGCUUGCCAAGGUUGCGAAGAAGGUCACGGUUUUCCAACGAACGCCGCACUGGAUCGUCCCUCGCGGCGACUACAUAAUCUCCGACUGGAGAAAAGCGCUUUACCGCUAUUUCCCCUUCUGGCAACGGUACUGGCGCCGACGUUACGUGGAUCUCAACGAAACAGAGUACAUCUCAAACAACUUCGCCGGGCACGAGGAAAACCAGAAGCUGAAGCAAGUCGCGCUGGAUAUGAUGCACGAGCAGCUGCCCGACCAGCCCGAGCUGUGGGCGAAGCUGACCCCUCACUAUCCGCUAGGCUGCAAACGAGUGGUGGUCUCAGACUUCUUUUACCCAUCGUUGAACUGUCCCAACGUAGAGCUGGAGGACAGGCCUAUCCGCAGCAUCAACGAGGAUACAGUGCGUCUGGGCAACACUGCAGGACAGCCCGAGGAGGCCGGCUCCGCCUACGAUCUUAUCGUCUGCGCCACUGGAUUCCGCGCCACUAACUUCCUGCACCCCAUGAGGAUCUUCGGCCGCAAUGGUUGCGCUUUGCACGAGAUGUGGAAGGAUGGGGCGCAGGCCUACCAGGGCACCUGCGCCGACGACAUGCCAAAUUUCGGCAUGGUACUGGGCCCCAACACGGGAUUACUCCACAACAGCUUUAUUCUGAUGAUCGAAGCACAAAGCAGGUAUAUCAACGGAUUGAUCAAACCGGUUCUGGAAGCGCGAAGGCAAGGAGGGAUGCUCAGCCUGACGCCGCGGCCGGAAAAGACCGCAGCGUACAAUGCCGAGCUGCAGCGUCGACUGAAAGUCUUCGCCGUCAAUGACUCCCAGUGCGACAAUUGGUACAAGACGGGGUCCGGACUGAUCACAAAUCUGUGGCCCGGCAUGGUGCUGGAAUUCCAGAAGCUGAUGGAGCGGGUGGACUAUGGAGACUAUGAUGCGGAGGGGUCUUUUACACAUAUCGUGCGAGAACGGCCUCUGCGCAUGGUGGGCCGUGUGGUUGAAGAGGGGGGCAUUCUCGAGAAGCUUUCCUUCACGAAGGCGGCGGUGCUUAGCUUGGCGAUUGUAGUAGGGCAUUCGCCCCCUCGAGAUGGAUCUGCCAGUUGUGCUUCCCGCCACUACAAGCCUAUCUCAUAG